AUGCCGACUGGCCUGAUUUUCUCGGUCGAACACAACUCUACAACGUCUCUAUUCUUCCGGUGUCAAAGGGUACCGCAGUCUGCAAUUACCGAGCUUGCUGCGGGCGUCGCAUCGGCCACUCCAGCCCCCCAAGGCACGACGUACGGAGCGCCGUCACGGGCAUCGCUCUCAGUCACCGGCAGACCGGCCGGGGCCAGCCUCCGUCGUCCUCUGCUCCCAUCUACCGGUGCUCUGGGAAGUCCCGGCCACCCGCUGCUGCCAUCUACCGGUGGUCUGGGGAACCCGCCGCAGCUGCGGCCUGACGGCCUGCUGGCCGGCCCUGGUGUGCCCUACAGCUUCAGCUGGGCCGUGGACGAGCCCGCCUACGGCAACAACUACGGCCACGCCGAGGAGAGCGACGGUGUGGUCACGCAGGGCGAGUACCGUGUACUGCUCCCCGACGGCCGCACCCAGAUCGUGACGUACCAGGUGGAGGGCGGCAGCGGCUACCAGGCGCAGGUGACGUACGACGGCGAGCCGCAGUUCGCCGACUCGCCGCUGGGCGUCGCCGCAGUGAACCUCGGAUCGGGCCGCGGACGGGGCCUGCGCCUGAUCGGAGCGUCACGCGCCGGCGCCGCUGCUGCUGUAGGUGGCGCUGUCACCGCCCCGCGGACCAGUUACGGCAUUUAGGGUGUCAGAAAGAACGAGAAGGGUUCUAGAGGCACCCGUGCGAAUAAAUGAAAUAGUUAACA